CGACUGCGUGAGCAAAACUCGCGGAUCUCUUUAGUAAAAGGCGAAAGAGAUAUUCGCUACGCGUUCAGCUCGUCGCGGAUACAUACACAUGUGCAUCCAAGGCUCCAGGCCCCCCAACCCGUGCCAGGCAGGACGAACGCUGCGCGAUGGUGGGUACGCAUUCUCCAGCACAAUGCCAAUAUGCUUCACUGCCUAUGCUACCUAGACAUAGUAUGUGAUAAUCGCAAUACAGUAAAGGCCAUUCAGUGAACAGGCUAUUGCACCUGGGUGACACUAAUGUGCGCGUCCCCGCCCGCCUCUCAGACGCCAGACACAUAAUGUUGGCCAUGUAUGGUAUCCAUAGUGUAAAAUAUAUGCACUCUAUAGAAGCAACUCAUAGCCAUGCUGCCCAUCUGCUUUACUCUGCCAGAGUUCGCGAAGGAACAUGACGAUGCCUUGAGACGCUAUCGAGGGCUUACCGUUGACGGCGACGCGAUGGGCAAAGGAAGCAUCGCAAGGGUGGCCGCGGCCACUUGCCUCACCAGCGACAAGCGCCUUGCGGCCAAGCGGGUGCCGCUGCCACGGGAGACCAAGGAGAGGUUACAGGUCUUACAGAGGCUGGCCCGUGAGUCGGCAGUCGCGCAGGCUCUGGCGACACAACAGCCUUUUCCAGAGGGGCUGGUUCGCCAGUGUGCGUGCGUGUACGACACAGAGGCUGACACGGUCGUCUUCAUCAUGCAGUUGUGUGAGGGGCCAAACCUCGCUGAACUGCGGCGACAGCAGAAAGCGGCGGGUGGCAGGUUGCCCGAGGCACGCGUGCAGCACAUUGUUCGGCAAGUGGCUGUAGCGCUGGGCCAACUCCACCGACUCGGCUUUCUGUGUGUGGACUUGAAGGCUGAGAAUGUGGUGUUAGCUCCAACAGAGCAGGAUCCAGACCGUGUGCUGCUGGUGGAUUUUGAUUUAUGCCGGGACCUGCCAGGAUCAGGAUCCAGCGCGUGCGCUGACAUGCUGGCGAGGCUGGAUCCAGCGGCAGCUGCAGCGGAGCGGGUGUGGGGCACUGCAGAGUACCUGGCAUAUGAGUUGCUGAAGGACGGCCCGUCCGCCUAUUCUCCUGCCAGCGACUGGUGGGCGCUGGGUGUUCUGACGUAUGAACUGUUGUACGGCCGUGCGCCGUACAGCGCCCCCACACUGGAUGGCGUGCUGCACCGCAUCUCACACACCUCCCCCGCCUUCACACCGCCCGAGGACGGCGGGCCCAAGGUCAGCGGCGCCAUGGUGCAGUUCAUCCGGGCGCUGCUGCGGCACCGGCCCGACAUGCGACUGGGCGGCCGGGGCGGUGUGCAGGAGGUGCUGGAGCACCCGGGGCUGCAGCAGCCAGGCGGCGCAUGAGGGAACGGUUUGGCGCGUGGGUGUGAUGGACCAGGCGAAUGGACCAGGGCAGGCAGCCAGGCGGAUUGUGGCAAGGCCGCUAGCGAGUGGAGACAAGCAGCGCGUGGGGCGUGUCGUGUAGAACAGGCUGCGUCGGUAGUGUGGGAGGGCGGUGUGAGGAGAGAAGGGUACGCGGAUUGGAGUCCGAUGUCACGACGCGGUUCGCAUUUUAUGCUGCGGGGGGCACAGCGUGCUGGGGCCUGGGGGUGCCCCACAGCGAAACCCUGUGCGACCGCUACGUUGUAACAGUCAGGAAAU